AAACUAAAUCAGACUCUUCUGCUCACCCACCGCACUUUCCGGCAGAUAAAUACGGGACCUUUUUCUAAAUUUCUUGUGAACCCGUGUCGCCGCUUCGGUCAUGGCCCACCUCUAACAAAACCAAUGAUUGAGGACAGAGUCCUUCUCAUCUUACGCUUAUACGACAAAAUAGACGCAGAGAAAUUGAACUUGAAGUCGGAGUUGAAGAGAGAGUUUGGUCUUGACAGCCUGGACAUGGUGGAAGUCGUAAUGGCGAUGGAGGAAGAAUUCGUCUUUGAAAUCCCCGAUUCAGACGCUCAAAGGUUUAUCACACCUUUGGACAUUGUUCAGUAUAUUUGUGACAAACAUGAUAUAUAUGACUAG